UGACAGGAAGCACCAGACGUUUUCAGGUGCUAUAUAUAAAGGCCUUUGCGCCCCAGCCAGACACACUCUCUUUCUCUCAGCAGUAGCUAGCCAGCCUAGGUCUCCUUCCUUCCGACCUCCGUCCACUACUUCCACUACCCUAGUCUCAGCCUCAUCCGAUGGAGUUCCAAAUGAAGAGAAGCAGUACCCACAAGCCCCAUGGGAACUAUGCUCACAGCAUGGCAGGAGGAGCCGGCGGCAGCGGGGUCAGGAUCUCCCGCUCCACGUCCUACAAUGGACUGGUCGGCAGCGGCAUGGCCAGCGGCAUGGCCAGCGUUUUGGGCAGCGGCGGGAGCUACGACUACCAGUCCCUGGGAACCAACUCCGGGUCUUUCCAGUUGGGCAACGAGAAGUCCACCAUGCAGCAUCUCAACGAUCGCUUGUCCAACUACCUGGAGACCGUGAGGCGGCUGGAGCAGGCAAACGGCACGCUCGAGGUCCAGAUCUUUGAGUUCCUGGACAAGAAAGGCCCCGCUGCCAAGAGGGACUACAGCAAGUACGAAUCCACCAUCGCUAUCCUGAGGGCCAAGAUCAACAACAUGAUUCAGGAAAACGCUGGGCUUUCCAUUGCAGUCGAUAACGCACAUCUCGCAGCAGAUGAUUUCAAAAGCAAAGUGGAGUACGAGCUUGUGAUGCGUCAGUCGGUGGAGGCGGACAUUUCAAGAAUGCGCAAGAUGCUGGACGACACAAACGUGAUCCGUCUGCACCUGGAGAGCGACAUCGAGUCCCUCAAGGAGGAGCUGAUAACACUGAGAAAGUACCACAAGGCGGAUAUGGCAGAGUUGCAGGCCCAAAUCACCCAGACCGGGGUGCAGGUGGAUGUGGACGCUCCAAAGGGCCAGGACAUGGCGAAGGUCAUGGAGGAGAUGAGGGCCAAGUACGAGAGGAUAGCCCUCAAGAACCAGGAAGAGCUGAAGGCGUGGCAUGAGACUCAGAUUACAGAGGUACAGGGGCAGGUGACCCAGAACACAACAGCUCUGAAGGAAGCCAGCACUCUCCUGAGUGAAACCAGGAGGAGAUUCCAGACCAUGGAUAUCGAGCUGCAGUCCGAACUCAGUUUGAAAGCGUCACUAGAGGCGAGCCUGCGGGACGUGGAAAUGCGCUACAACAUGGAGAUCGAGAAGUACAACCAGAUCCUGCUGAGACUUCAGGACGAGCUCACUCGCAUCCGCAGCGACAUGCAGCAACACAACCAGGAGUACGAGAUGCUGCUCAGCAUCAAGAUCAGGCUGGAGGCAGAGAUCGCAGAGUACCGGAGACUUCUGGACGGGGAGCAGGUCCACAUCAAAGUGGACCCCAAGAAGACCAUUCAGACCAAAGUGGUGACAGUCACACAGACCCUGGUGGAUGGAAAGGUGGUGUCGGAGAAACAAGAUGUCAAAGCCACUGAAAAAGAGGUCUGAUUCAUCAAAGCCAGUGAGAAAGUGCUCUGAAUUGUCGAAGCCAGUGAACAAGUGGUCAAUUCUUAAGUGAUUUAAGAGUAACGUGGGCCUUAAUCAUCUAGCAGCCAUUUUGGGGGGACUUCCCCAACCUAGCUGGUGUUUAGAACAAAAUAUGGCCACUAGGUAAAUAAGAACAAUUAAGCAUUAGGCUCUAUGCUACAGUUGGUGUUUGGUUAUUCUCAACAUUUAAAAAAGCUGAACGAGAUACCUUCGAGAAAAUAUAAAAAAAAUUGCAAAAAGUGAAAAAAAUAAAAGAUUUCGAGCUGA